GAGCACACGCUGCACGUAAUCGCGAACGCGCGACAUGUACGCACAGCCACCGCCAUUCGGUGCUCGCGCGUAAUACUUAAUUAACCCUCACACUACUGUAGCCACUGCUCGCUCUGCACUCUCUCUCUGUCUGCAUGCAAAGCCAUAAUUAGGAGCCAAUGAAAUAGCAGUCACCGAGUCGAUCAGAGCAAAACGCUCUCGACUCGAUCGCGCGCGCGCGGUUGGCGGUUCCCUUCCUCCGCUCCGCUCCUCUCCAUCAUCGUCGUCUCUGUGUGUGUCUGUGUGUGUGUGUGUGUGUGGCAGUAGCAGCCAGAUCUCGGCCCCGGCCCCGGCGGAUCGAGAGACCGAUCGCGUACCCCACCCAUCCACAUGGGGACGGAGGCCGGCGACGUCGACGGCCGCAACCACCGGCCCGGCCGCGGGUCGUCCGCGUCGUCGCGCCACCUGCACGGCGUGGGAGGCGCCUCGGCGGCGGAGGUGAACCUGUCCGGGCGCCGCCCGUUCGCGGAGAAGCUGUGGUCGGACCUCGCGGAGACGUUCUUCCCCGACGACCCGUUCCGCGGGUUCGGCGCGCUGCCCCCGGCCAGGCGCGCGUGGUGCGCGGUCAAGUACUUCGUCCCGGCGCUGGACUGGGUCCCGCGCUACGGCCUCGACAAGUUCAAGUUCGACCUCCUCGCCGGCAUCACCAUCGCCAGCCUCGCCAUCCCGCAGGGCAUCAGCUACGCCCGCCUCGCCAACCUCCCUCCAAUCAUCGGCCUCUAUUCGAGCUUCGUGCCGCCGUUGAUGUACGCGGUGUUCGGGAGCUCCAACAACCUGGCGGUGGGGACGGUGGCGGCGGCGUCGCUGCUGCUGGCGUCCAUCAUCGAGACGGAGGUGGCGGCGGACGAGAACCCGCAGCUGUACCUGCAGCUCUUCUACACCGCCGCCUUCUUCACCGGCCUCUUCCAGACCGCGCUAGGCGUCUUUAGGUUAGGGCUAAUAGUGGAUUUCCUCUCGCGGUCGACGAUCACCGGGUUCAUGGGCGGCACGGCGAUGAUCAUCAUACUGCAGCAGUUCAAGGGCCUCCUGGGGAUGAAGCACUUCACCACCAAGACAGACAUCAUCUCCGUCCUGCACUCCACCUACCAUUACCGGCACGAGUGGAAAUGGCAGAGUGCAGUUCUCGGCAUAUGCUUCCUCUUGUUCUUGAUGUCGAGUAAGCACCUGAGAAAGAAACUGCCAAAGUUGUUCUGGGUGUCGGCCAUUGCGCCAUUCAUGGUUGUCGUCAUCGGAGGCAUCUUCGCUUUCCUUGUCAAGGGUGACGAGCAUGGAAUUCCGAUAGUCGGUAACCUGAAUAAAGGGAUCAAUCCCCUGUCCAUUGCGCAGCUAACGUUCCAGUCCAGGCACAUGAAGACGGCAGUGAAAGCUGGUCUCUUGUCUGGGAUCCUAGCACUGGCAGAAGGAAUAGCCGUCGGCCGAAGCUUGGCGAUGGUCAAGAACGAGCAGAUCGACGGCAACAAGGAGAUGAUCGCGUUUGGUAUCAUGAACAUCGCCGGUUCUUUCACCUCCUGCUACCUCACGACAGGGCCGUUCUCAAAGUCGGCGGUGAACUUCCACGCCGGGUGCAAGACGCCGAUGUCGAACGUGGUGAUGUCGGUGUGCAUCAUGCUGGUGCUGCUGUUCCUGGCACCCCUCUUCAAGUACACCCCGCUGGUGGCGCUCUCCUCCAUCAUCGUCGUCGCCAUGAUCGGGCUCGUCAAGGUCAAGGAGUUCUGCCACCUCUACAAGGUCGACAAGUUCGACUUCUGCAUCUGCAUGGUCGCCUUCCUCGGCGUCGUCUUCUUCACCAUGGUCGCAGGCCUCAGCGCAUCCGUAGGCUUGUCAGUUGUCAGGGCGUUGCUGUACGUGGCCAGGCCUGCCACCUGCAAGCUCGGGAACAUAGCAGGGAGCGAGACCUUCCGCGACGUGAAGCAAUACCCCCAAGCGAAGAGCAUCCCUGGCAUCCUCGUCUUGCAGCUCGGCUCUCCCAUCUACUUCGUCAAUGCGGGUUACCUGCGAGAAAGGAUUUUGAGAUGGGUGGAAGAUGAGGAUAACCUGUGCAAGAGCGUCGGGCACGAUCUGCAAUACUUGGUUCUUGAUCUUGGUGGUGUCACUUCUGUCGACAACUCUGGAGUUGGGAUGCUACUAGAAGUACACAAGAGCCUCGAACGAAGAGGGAUCACGAUAGCUCUGACGAAUCCGAGGCUAGAGGUAACAGAGAAGCUGGUGCUGUCUGGAUACGUCAGGGACAUCUUAGGGGAUGAGUGGGUCUUCCUGACGGUCAAGGACGCCAUCACGGCGUGUCGAUACGCGCUGCAGAUAUCCAGAAAUAAGGGAGAAGACGAAGUAUAGGGAGCUCUUUCUUGCGUAGAGCUGUUUAGAAAUUAUAGGUGUAGACACUUGGGCAAUGGGCAGGCAAGGCAAGCAGGACGAAAUGCUCCACUAUCAAAGGGUAUGAGGAAGAUUCAGAAAGUACCACGAGCUAGUAACAGUUUAUUCAGUCGCAUGGAUUAAGUAGUACUUGCUAGAUGCUUUGGAUUGUUGGUCGAUCUCUGCAUGUUCUGAAUUGUGGAGUAUCAUGGUAAUUUCAGGUAUUUGUUGAUUAGGGGCAAUGGGGAAUAUAGUGAGGAGGAUGGAACCAGUGUUCGUGUAUAGACUAGUUUAUAUUCUGGGUUUACAGAGAAGUUCAUAGAUUUGCAUGUAUCAGGCCUUCAGGGUUGCAUUGCUCAAUUCAGGGUGAAAGGCUUGUUCACUACUUGAACUGCUAGAAUAAUAAAUUAUUUAGAUCAAUUUUCUUGAUUA